UCCCACUUCACAGUUUCUGUGAAGUGAGUGAGUUUUGUUUGAAUUUUUUUUAUAUUGUUUUCAAUAUAAAUUAUCAUAAUGGCGGACAUAAAAAAGAGCUUCCAGUUGCUGUUUGAUCGGCCAAACGAACCGAUGAUCACUCCAAAAGGCGAAGAAAAUGCCAUUUUCCAACUUACAGAUCAACUACUGCCAAAAGAAUACGAGACCAAUGGAAUUUCGUUGAACAACCGAUUCGGUGAAGAUGCCAACGAAAGAAUCCCGCUUCAGAAUUUAAGCAGUGUGCCACAGUUUCCGAUAGCUUCGCAACUACCGACUGACGCAGAUUUCUCUUUAUUUCUGCCGCGCCACCAGAAGAUGGCCGCUGAAGUAAUUGACGUUCUAAUGAGUGUUCCCACUAACGAGUUGCAACAAUUGCUGUCUACUUGUGUUUUUGCAAGAUCCAACCUCAAUCCUCAACUGUUUAACUACUGUUAUUCUGUGGCCUUAAUGCACAGGAGAGACACUAGAGACAUACAGAUUCCUAAUUUUGCCGAGACCUUCCCCUCCAAGUUCUUGGAUUCUCAAGUGUUUACGCAAGCUCGUGAAACUGCUGCUGUUAUACCAUCAAAUAUUCCACGCACUCCGAUUAUCAUUCCUCGCGAUUACACUGCCACCGAUUUGGAAAUAGAGCAUCGUAUGGCAUACUGGCGGGAAGAUAUCGGCGUCAAUCUACACCACUGGCACUGGCAUCUAGUUUACCCGUUCGCGGCUGCUGAUAGGUCCAUCGUUGCAAAAGAUCGUCGUGGGGAACUCUUCUUCUAUAUGCAUCAGCAAAUUAUUGCUCGUUACAAUGUAGAGCGGCUCUGUAACUCUCUGAAGAGAGUGAAAAAGUUCAGCAACUGGAGGGAACCGAUUCCAGAAGCUUAUUUCCCGAAGCUUGAUAGUUUAACGUCGUCGCGCGGCUGGCCUCCACGGCAGGCCAAUAUGAGAUGGCAAGACUUGAAUCGUCCGGUCGACGGUUUGAAUGUAACUAUCGCUGACAUGGAAAGGUGGAGAAAAAAUAUCGAAGAAGCUAUCGCAACUGGAGUAUGUAGACUGCCCAACGGCAGCACUAUGCCACUGAAUAUCGACAUACUGGGCAACAUGGUAGAAGCCAGCAUCCUUUCACCAAACAGCGAAUUGUAUGGCAGUGUGCACAACAAUGGACACAGCUUCUCCGCCUACAUGCACGACCCCGACCAUCGUUACCUAGAAAACUUCGGUGUUAUAGCAGAUGAGGCGACGACUAUGCGCGAUCCUUUCUUCUACCGGUGGCAUGCAUGGAUCGAUGACCUCUUCCAAAAGCAUAAGGAGUCUGCUUCAGUCCGACCUUAUUCCGAAUCUGAACUUUCCAACCCAGGCGUGCAAGUGACAUCGGCUACUAUAGAGACACAAGGUGGGCAGCCUAAUGAACUGAACACCUUCUGGAUGUCGAGUGAUGUGGAUCUGUCUCGGGGGCUCGACUUCUCUAACAGAGGGCCGGUCUAUGCCCGCUUCACUCAUCUCAAUCACAGGCCUUUCCGUUAUGUAAUCAAUGUGAACAACACUGGAAACGCUCGACGCACCACUGUCAGAAUCUUCAUAUGCCCCAAGAAUGACGAGAGAAACCUACCUUGGGCGUUGUCAGAUCAGCGCAAGAUGUUUAUCGAGAUGGACAGAUUUGUGACUCCAUUGAACGCCGGUCAGAACACAAUAACUCGUCAGUCAUCCGAGUCCACGUUCACGAUUCCAUUCGAGCAGACGUUCCGCGAUCUGUCAAUCCAGGGCGAUAACCCGCGCCUCCAGGACCUCGCCGCGUUCAACUUCUGCGGUUGUGGGUGGCCGCAACACAUGCUCGUCCCCAAGGGCACCGAGCCUGGCAUGCCAUUCGUACUCUUCGUGAUGCUCUCUAACUACGAAUUGGAUAAGCUCGACCAACCAGACAGCCCAGAAAUGACAUGCAAAGAAGCGUCCAGUUUCUGCGGCCUGCGCGAUCGACUGUACCCGGACAAGCGCUCUAUGGGCUUCCCAUUCGACCGACCCUCGCGCACAGUCACCAAUAUCGAUAACUUUAUUCUACCCAAUAUGGCAUUGCAAGAUAUUACUGUCCGCUUACAGAAUGUCACAGAGCCUAACCCAAGAAACCCUCGCACUUAAUACAAAAAUUCAAUACAUUUGAAUUAACAUAAUAACACGUCAAAGUACUUCACAUAUCUUAAUUAUGAUUUGCAUUAUAAAAUAUUUUUCGUUAUUAUAAUUAUGUUGCAUACCUAUUAGAAAUAUAAAAAUGGAAAGGCUGAUAAUUUAGUUUAGAAUAAUAGAGUUAAGUAUUGUAUAUAUUUAAGAACUAUUUUAAUGACCCAUUUGUAUCACAUAAUUGAAUAAAUAUUUCAUAUAUAAAA